AUGGCAGCCACGGAAGAACUCAACGAUAUCCUUAUGCGAAGGCAAGCUAUAAACGAUAAACUUGAAGAAGGCCUGGAGAUCAAGCCGAAAUAUAAAUUCGUAAACGUUUACACUGAGUUUCACGAAUUCACCAGGAAAGAAAUAAAACAGUACGAACAGACGUUCAACAAAUUCGAUGAAGGUCAAGACGGGUUUCUAGACCUCACGGAGGUUAAACGUAUGAUGGAGCGUCUGGGCGCGCCACAAACACAUCUCGGUCUUAAAGCGAUGAUAUCUGAAGUUGAUGAAGAUGGCGAUAACAAAAUCAGUUUCAGAGAAUUUUUACUUAUUUAUAGGAAAGCUAGAGCGGGUGAACUCGAAUCUGACUCAGGAUUAGAAGCUUUUGCAAGAUUGACAGAAAUAAAUGUUGAUCAAGUAGGAGUUAAUGGGGCUAAGAAUUUCUUCGAAGCAAAAAUCGAAGAACUAGCAAAAACAAAUAAAUUCCACGAUGAGAUUAUUCAAGAACAGGAGGAAAAGCGUCGCGAGGCAGAAGAGAAGGCUUUAAGAAAGCAAAGGUUCAAAGAGAAAACUGCUGUAUUUCAACAC